AUGGAAAUCGGUCCAAAUUUAUGUAUAUGGCCAGUUCAGUCAGGUAUAAAUAAUCAUGAAAAUGAACAUGGAUAUGAAUUAAAAUCUAUAACAAAAAAUAUUUCACCUAUUAUACAACAAAAUAAUUCAUCAUUUAUAUAUAAUCAUAAAAAUGAUAUAUUAGAAUUAGAAAGUGAUAGUGAUAUUGAUAAUGAAAUUGAAUCAACCAGUCGUCAUCCUCCUCCUCAUAAUGAUCGAGAUCAUCAUAAACAACAGCAUCAACAGUAUUCUCAUCCUAGUUAUCAAAAUCAUCAUCAAGAGCAAGAACAAAAACAUGAACAACAACACCCCCAACAGACCUAUGAUCAUCUACAUGGAGUUCACCAGUGUCAUUCAUCUCAUUGGGAUACUACUAAAUUAAUCAAUUUAUCUAUAGAUGAACAUGAUACUGAUGAGAAUAACAGUGUAAUCAUUGAAGAUAUCGAUUCAAAUGGAAAUAAUAAUCUGCAUAAUGAUGAUUCAUUGAUGAAUCAACAAUCAUUGUAUGAUGAACAAUCCUUGUCUAUCAAUGAAAAACAUUAUCAUGAUAAUCAGCAACAUCAUCAGAAUAAUAGUUUAUAUGAUUUACAUCAGAAAAAUAUUCAGAAUAAAGAUUAUACCUGUGGAUUUUGUGGUUAUGAUUUUGAUACACCUGAACAAGUUGAGAAACAUGUUUUAAUUAAACAUUCAGAUCAUUUAAUUCAUUGUAGUGAAAAUAAUAAAACAAUCAAUUCAACGAAUACUACUACUACUGAUAUUCCCGACAAAUCAGUAGUACUGAUAGACGAGCAAAAGAAAAUUAAUGAUAAUACUGGAUUAUUACAAAAAGAAAAAAAAUUACCUGAAAAAGAUAAAUUAUUAACAACUAUAUUGAACAGUUCUAUUUCAGAUGUACAAAUAGAUGAUCCAUUAUCCAUAAAGAAUAAUAUUAAUAAUAAUAAAGACAUUUCAACACCAACAAUGAAUCCAAUGAUUACAGAUUGUCCAUUAUGUGAUCGAACAUUUGUUGGACGUAGAUCAUUAAAUAUACAUUUGAAUAAAACACAUUCUAUUCGAGAAAAUAAUAACAGUAAUAGUAAUAAUACUAGUAUGGAUACUACUAAUACAACAGUGAGUGUUAGUAAUACUACAAAAAUGAUGAAUAAUACCAAUACUAUAGACGUUGAACAAUCAAAGUGCAAUUCACAAAUGAAAUUAACACGUCUAUCUCAUUCAUAUUCUUUGAAAGGUAACAAUAGAAAUCUCAAGGUUUUUACUGAAUCAAUAAAAUCUUCAUCAAAUGAAAAAUCAUCAUGUAAAAUUGCUGUUCGACCACCACUUCUACCAAGACCAUCACGUAGUGAAAAUUCAGCAAUACAUACGUCAGUUUCAUCUUCACAGUCAUCAAAUAUGGAUCAUAUAAAUGCAAAUAAUCUGUUAUCAACUUUAUCGGAUAUUUCUGUAUCUAAAAGUAGUGAUAGUGAAGAAUCAAGUCUUCAGAAGUCUCGACGUACUGUUUAUGCAGUGUCACCUCCUUUAGCAAAAGAGCACAGUGGUCUCAAACUUCGUCUUAUCUCAUUAGAUGCAGUAAAGAAGUCAACUAAUACAAAUACAAAAUUACAAAAUUCUAAGAAUAACUGUAUUGAUAAAAUACAAUUAGUAGAUGAUUUAAAGUCAAUAUCAUCACCAGUAUACUCUUCGCCGUCAUCAUCUUCAAUAACAUCAAUACCGGGAACAAUGAGUACACAUAUACCCUUUAAAAAAUCUGAUACAGUAAUAGAAGAUGAACAAGACCUUUCCUCUUCAAAUACAACAUCUCUGAGGCGAACAGUUUCUGUGCAUACAACUACAAAUGAUGAACACUGUAAUGCAUCUCAAUCAAAUACAUUUUCAUUUCAUAGAAGUCAGUCUUGUUCACUGGAUAUGAAAGAAGAGUAUAAAUUUGCUGAAGAUGAAAAUGCUAACAUGAAAUAUGAUUUUUCAAAUGAUAAAAGAUCAUCACUACAGUUGAAUUUUGAACAAAAAAAUGGUAUACCCUGUGAAUUCUCUUUUCCUUUAUCAAAUGAUGAUAAUAAUAAUGAUAAUAGUAAUAAAACGCAAAAGAAAUCAGAAACAAUGGAUACAAGUCUUCGAACAAGUGAUGGUUUAUAUAAAUGUCGUAUUUGUAAAAGAUUAUUUGCUAAUCGUUAUUCCUUAACAGGACAUUAUAAGUCGCAUUAUGAACCAAGUCAAAAACCCUAUUGUUGUGAUGAUUGUGGACAACGUUACACCUCACCGAGUAAUCUUCACUAUCAUCGUGGUCGUAAUUGUCCAGUAUUAAAUGUACAUAAUACUAAAUUACUUGAACUGAAAGCAUUAAGAGCUGUUGAAAGAAAAUCUUUAAUGAAUAAGUUAAAAGAUCAGAAUGACUCGAACAAUAAUAAUGAAAUUAAAGAUACUACGUGUGACUCUAAUCGUCAUCAUCCACCAGCACAUAAAAAAUCACGUUUCAACGAUAACAAAGCUAAAACUCAUUUAACUACUUCAAAAACUAAUAGUAGUAUAGAAUGUUUAGAUGGAAAUUUUAUCUUACAAAAUCGACAAAAGUUAAAAUCCUGUGAUACAUCUCACUCAUUCAAUACUGGUACUAUUACUACUAAUAGUAGCAAUAGUAGUUCUGCAAAUACUGUCGUCAAUACUACUGUUGAUAGUAAUGUUAAUAAUGCUAAUGAGAACAGUACAAUACAAAACAAUGAGGAUGGUUUACAAAUACAGGAGAUAUUACGAUUAUUUCUUAUGCAUGCUUAUCAGUCGGAUGAAUUACGACAGCAGUUAGUAUCACUGACAUCAUCUGCGCUGCUUAAUGCUUUAGUACCAACGAAUGGAUUUCAUCAAUCAAGUAUGCUGUCUAACCAAACCUGCACAUCAAGUCAACAAUUGUUCAACCUUUUGUCCAGUGUUAUCAACUCUAGUAAUUCUAUAGAAAGGAAUUCUAUGAGUAGUGUUAAUAACACUAGUAAUCAUAGUCAGAGUAACACUACUGAUGAUGAUAUGUAUACACAAAAUAAUUCAACAGUUGGAAGAGUUUUAAGUCAACCAGGUAAUUCCUCACCACUGACAGAAGAACCAACAGAUCUUACAAGUAGAUCAAGUAGAUGUGUUCAACAUAAGGAUCAAGGCGUAAACAAUGCAUGUGGCAUACAUUGUUCCAUGUGUUGUCAUGAUUCAAUUAUCUUCCCAGAUUAUCAAGCAUUAAAUAAACAUAUGUUUUUAGUACAUGGGACACCACCACCAAUGCCAUCAGUAAGUACACCUACUUCAACGACAUCAUUUCUACGAUGUCAUUCAAUGAAUGAAUCCUUACCAUCAAAUACUGAUUGGAACAUGAGAACUAAUAGUUCCUCGUCUACUAAUAAUUCAGAUACAUUAAUCCAACAAUUACACAGGUAUCAACAAGAGAAUAAUUAUAGUACUUCUGAUAAUAUUGAUAGUAAUAACACUGACCAAUUGUCAUCUUCACCAUCAAUAAUUCACAAUUGUGAUCGUGAAUUUUCAACAUAUACUGCUUUUCGUGUACAUCAUACAAAAUCACAUCAACAGUCUUCUAGUAGACACCAUCAACAACAACUACAAGAGGCUCAUCAUCAAUCACAAUAUACUAGAUCACGAUUACGAUUAACUGAUCAAAGUGUACCAACAUCACUAUCGAAUCAAUGUGAUGUAACCUAUGUGAGUGAUGAUAAUGACAGUGAGUAA